AUGGCGAAGCGUCGGGCGUUCGUCGGCUGCUGCGCUCGCACGGACGGGUGCGUCCUGGCUGCUGGCCACCGGGGCGCCUGCCAUGUCGCGGAGAUGGAGGAGGUUGACUACGUCGUGGAGGCCAUCCGCGACGAGCGCGAGCGCCGCGGGAAGCUCCCGACCACCGAGUACCUCGUCAAGUGGAAGGGCUGGCCCGAGGAGGACUGCACGUGGGAGCUCGAGCAGACUCUGGCAUCGUGCCCUCUCAUUCUCCGCGCGUGGCGAAAGGCGAGGAAAACUCCAGCGCCAGCUACCACAGUCGCGCCGCCGGGCAUGAGCGACGCCUCAGGAGGCAGGCGCAGUCUCAACCGUUGA